AUGGUAACGCCUACUACACCAUUAUCACCCUCCAUGGUAACGCCCACUACACCAUUAUCACCCUCCAUGGUAACGCCCAUUAUCACCUCCAUGGUAACGCCCUACACCAAUAUCACCCUCCAUGGUAACGCCCACUACACCAACACCAUGGUAACGCCACCACCCUCCAUGGUAACGCCCACUCCACCAUUAUCACCCUCCAUGGUAACGCCCACUCCACCAUUAUCACCCUCCAUGGUAACGCCCACUACACCAUUAUCACCCUCCAUGGUAACGCCCACUCCACCAUUAUCACCCUCCAUGGUAACGCCCACUCCACCAUUAUCACCCUCCAUGGUAACGCCCACUCCACCAUUAUCACCCUCCAUGGUAACGCCCACUACACCAAUAUCACCCUCCAUGGUAACGCCCACUACACCAAUAUCACCCUUCAGGAAGACUCCCACGAUUUAUGGUGCACAAAUAUCACCCAUAAAAUACCAAGGAGAUGGUUGGACAUUAAUGAUAGUUCCUCUAAUGUGUAGUGUGCUGAGCCGCUCGUCUCUGGCAGGAAAAUUUACAUCGUCUGUUCUCGCUAUUCUUCAAAUUGUGUUUUGUGUUUUCCCGCUAAUUAAUUGUCUCUGUAAAUAA